GCUGCUCCGUGGGAAUUAUUUUGGAGCACUAGAAGAUCCCGGAAAAUACCAGGCCCUUUUCCGAUCCAAGUACUCUGACAUUCAUUUUUGAGUAAAGAUGAAAUCCCCUUUUUCUUAAACGAUGAUUCUCUAUGUCCUCCUAAAUAUAUGUAGCAGGGAAAUAAGGCCAACUUUUUUCUUUGUUCCAUACUUUUUUUUUCCGCGUAGUGUCACCAAAAGCAGUUCAGCUCCUUUCUCCUAUCUCUCCUGCCCUUUCCGUCAGCAUGAAAUUAGUCAGUCUGUUGCUGUGAUGCAACACAAGCAACAGCGUUUGCAGUGUCACUUGGGGAGUGGUGCAAGUCCAUUGUGCAAGUAGUCGUUGGUCACUGACUUACACACUAGAUACUUGAAAGGCAGACUUAGAAAUAGGAGUGAGCCUGCGUGAAUUCAAGAGAGCCAAGCACUUGUGUGUUUCUGUUCCAGAUGGGAUCACAAUCUUUGAAAUCCAGCCGACUCGAGACUACCUUCAUUUAAGAUGCCACCAGCCAUUGGAGGUCCUCAGGGGUACACCCCUCCAGAAGGAGGAUGGGGGUGGGCUGUGGUCGUUGGAGCCUUCAUCUCUAUUGGCUUCUCAUAUGCCUUUCCCAAAUCAAUUACCGUGUUCUUCAAGGAGAUUGAAGUUAUAUUCAAUGCCACCAGCAGUCAAGUUUCUUGGAUAUCUUCCAUCAUGUUGGCCGUCAUGUAUGCAGGAGGUCCCAUCAGCAGUAUUCUGGUGAACAAAUACGGUAGUCGCCCAAUAAUGAUAGCUGGCGGUUGCCUGUCGGGAUGUGGCUUGAUCGCCGCUUCAUUCUGCAAUACUGUCCAAGAGCUGUACCUGUGCGUUGGCGUUGUUGGAGGCCUUGGACUUGCUUUCAACUUGAAUCCUGCUUUGACUAUGAUUGGCAAGUAUUUCUUUAAGAAACGCCCGCUGGCCAAUGGACUUGCCAUGGCAGGGAGUCCUGUGUUUCUGUCCACCCUGGCACCUUUGAAUCAAGCCUUUUUUGGUAUUUUUGGCUGGAGGGGGAGCUUCUUAAUUCUUGGGGGCAUCCUUUUGAACUGCUGUGUGGCUGGAUCUCUGAUGCGCCCAAUAGGGCCCAAACCAGGCGCCCUGAAGAAAGAAAUAUCUAAAGAAGCCUUGCAGGAAGCGGGGCAGUCCGGCCUGAAAAAAGAUACCGGUGGUGGUGGAGAUGCCAAGACAGAUCUGAUUGCUGGAAACACUAAAGAGCAGAAAGUCUCGGUUUUCCAGACGAUUAACAAAUUCCUGGACUUUUCCUUAUUCACGCACAGGGGUUUUCUGCUCUACCUCUCUGGUAAUGUGCUCAUGUUUUUCGGACUGUUUACUCCUUUAGUCUUCCUCAGUAAUUAUGCCAAGAGUCAGAAGAUAUCCAGUGAGUCUGCGGCCUUUCUUCUUUCCAUUCUGGCUUUUGUAGAUAUGGUAGCCAGACCUUCUAUGGGACUUAUAGCCAACACAAAGUGGGUGAGGCCUCGAAUUCAGUAUUUCUUUGCUAUCUCCGUAAUCUAUAAUGGAGUCUGUCACCUGCUGGCACCCUUAUCUACCAAUUAUGUUGGGUUUUGUAUCUAUGCGGGAUUCUUUGGAUUUGCCUUUGGCUGGAUGAGCGCAGUCUUGUUCGAAACCCUGAUGGACCUCGUUGGAACUCAGAGAUUCUCCAGUGCCGUUGGAUUGGUGACGAUCGUGGAAUGCUGCCCUGUGCUCCUGGGACCACCCCUUUUAGGUCAACUCAAUGAUACGUAUGGAGACUACAAAUACACCUACUGGGCUUGUGGCAUUAUCCUAGUCGUGGCCGGAAUCUACCUCUUCAUUGGCAUGGGCAUCAACUACCGGCUUGUGGCAAGAGAACAGAAAGCUGAGGAGAAGCUGAAAAAGGAAGUGAAAGAGGAGGAGACGAAUAUCGACGACGUUGAUAAACAGAACGAAGUCACAAAAGAAGCUGUGGCACCUUCCCUGCAAAAAAGCACAGAGGAGAUCGCAAAGGAGGAGGAAAACCGCAUCUAAGACUGCAGUGCUAGAGGUUCGGAAGGAUAACUGAGGCCUUAAAGUAUAUCUGGAAGAAUUCUGCCGCCCUGUUGAUGUCAGUGGUGCUUAAUACAGAUCGGGGCAUCAGGUGGAAAAAUCGUACUAGGAGUUCAUGGGUGGUUUUUACUUUUCUUAUUUUUAAAAAGGAUUAUUUUAUUUUCCAUUGCAUUCAUUCAGCAACAAUACAAGUUCAUAGGCUUCCUUCGAGGGAAGGAAGGGGUCGAAAAAUCGCUCUUUCUUGGCCUCUGAUAGUGACUUGAACGUACUGAUUUGUGCCUUAAAUAUUUCAAUAUCUAGUAAUCUUUAGAGAAGCCUUAACUCUUAACUGUCUAGUUGCAUUUGUCCAUUUUAGAAGUGUUUUAUUUAAAAGACAGAAUGCAUUUCCUAUGGCAGUCUGAUCUUUGGCUAGAUCAUUCAUUUACUGCCAGACACUAUCUUUGAGAGAUGUGGGGUAGGAGUUGUUUAAAAAUUUUAAUUUACUAUUAUGAAACCUUUUUUCCUGAUAUAGGUUCCAGCCACCACACAUGGCUUCUGGCUUUAUUUCUUCUUAUAAUUAUUGUGGUAUUUAUUAUGUGCUUACUUAUUGUGUCAAGCACUUUGCUAUGUGCUGGGGUUGGAUACAUGAUAAUUAGGUAUGAUUGCAUAUAAUUCUGAAAUACUUUCGCUUCUGGAGCUUGAUUUAACAUUCCCUAACACCCCCUUUUCUUUCCUUUUUCGUGGAACACUGAUUAGAAACUGAGUUUUUGUAUAUAUAAAACACUAUUUUCACUCCAUUGUUUUAAGGUUCAUUUUGAAGUGUAUAUCUGUGGCUGUUUUUCCAUGUUUUUAAAUCACCUGGUAUUGUUUCCGUCAUUCUUCAAAAGCUGGAAAAUCGGGUUGUUUUUUGUUUUUUGGUGGGGGAGGGGUUGGGAAGGAGGUUGGUAAAUAGUGUUUCAAAAUAUACCUUUGGCUUCAUGCCUCCUGGAUAAAUAUAAAUAUAAAAUGGCCCCUAAAACUGUAGCUGAUUUUUUUUUGCACAGAUUCUUUAGAAACCUAAAUUAAAUUUAAUGAGAAUUUUGAAAAUUUUGAUUCAUUUUUCCUGGCAUUUUUCCUUCUUGUUCUCAGUGUCCCCGUUUGGUCAGCUCCUAGCUUUUAAUCAAUGUGUAGGUUAUUUGUUCUUAUUAUAAGAGGCUUUCUGAUAUUUGCAAGCUAAAUUAGGCCAGUGGAAUUUGAAUGGCUUUAGGACACCUGAGGGAUGGGGAGGGGGCCUGAGGGAGGAGGGAAACACUAAAUCUGGUCCUAAUCCUGAAAAUUUGUUUUUAACCCUUCCCCUUUUUACUCAUAAAACCUUAUAGCAGUUGCCCAAGAAAUAUAGGGGAGGCUGGGGAGAAGAAAAUUGUAAAUAUUUUUUAACACUGUCUCUUACAAAUUAAAGAAAGGAAAGACCGGUAAAGAUAUUCCAUAAAUUGAAGCACAUGAGCAUCUGUCUCAGCAAGAGUGUUCAUAUAAAAUAUUUUCCCAAAUAGACAUUUUUAUUGUUCAUCCUAUGAAAGUGGACUUUCUUAGGAAAAUAUUCCUGCGUUUUCAUGCACACAUUUUACAGCCACAUUCGACUAGAUUGCUGCUGCAUUGAGUCCAAUCAUGACACUUAGGUGCUCUAAGUGUGAUUGUAGUGUGAUUUUUGCAGUUGUUUUUUCAUUUCCUCCUUUCUCUCUCCUCUUUGCUAUCUAAUGUUAGCUGGUGGGAGAUGCUGCAAAUUUUUCACUUGGUUCAAAAUCAGCCUUUUCUUUUGACCUGAAAGGCCCACUCUUUCAGCCACUGGAUAUGAUCUGUCAUACUCUGAGUGUCUCUUUCAGUGGGCAAGAGAACAGAAUCAAACACACCAGGCCAAUAAAUCAUUGCCAUUUAUUGAGUGCCUACUUUGUGUAGAGCAAUCAAUGGUGUUUCUUGAGCGCUAUGUACAGAGCAUUUUACU